AUGGCUCCUGUAACCGAAGUACCCCGAAAGGUUGAAUGGAACGGCAAGCAGGUUCCGGUCUACCCUAUGGAGACAAUCGACUUCUCUGCGAUCCUCUCCCAAGAGCCUGCCGAGCUGGAGAAGCUUCUCCAGUGCUGCAAAGAGCAAGGUUUCUUCUACCUGGAUCUCAACAACGUUGAUGGACGUCGGUUCAUUGAUGACCACCAGGAGCUGUUGAAGCUUAUGCAUCGAUUUUUUGAGUCUCCUGUUGAGGUUAAGAACGAAUAUGGACUGAUAGCUCCUCAUCUUGGAUACGAGCCAGUUGGUUCGCGCAACGGCGUUCUCGAGGACACACGGGAUGGCUACGAGAUGGUGAAGGUAUCUCGCGAUGAGAUUCAACGCGAGUCCCCUCACAUUCCUCGCAACAUCAAGAAUAGCGGUGAUCUCAAGAUCCUUGAGAAUGCCAUCUCUGGCAACAACAUCAUGGGAAAAGCCAUUCUGGCAGCUCUCUCGACGGCGUUCGGCCUGACUGGUGCUGCGCGCUUUGAAAACUUGCAUCGCAACCACCGCCCUUCGACAAGCACUUUGUCCAUGAUGCACUAUAUCCCAUCCAACCCUGCUAAGGACGGUAACGUCGGUCAUCAGAAGCAUACUGACAUCAGUUCGUUGACCGUACUCUUUACUGAGCAGUGGGGUCUCCAAAUCCGCCCACCCGGCAGCAAGGAAUUCGGCUUUGUCGAGCCCAAGAAGGGUCAAGCUAUCAUCAAUGUCGGUGAUUCUUUGCGCUUCGCUAGUGGCCACACUUUCCAGUCGUGCAUUCACCGUGUUGUGCCGUACAACUACAGCGAACAUCGCUACUCCGUUGCAUACUUUCUGCGCGCUGAGGACGAGACCAUGUUUCAGGACAGUGAGGGCAGAUUCGUUACAGCACGCACGUGGCACGAUGAGAAAUUCUUGGCUUUCCUUGCAUCGCCUGCAGACCAGGCUGCUGCUCCAAGCUCUAUGUUGUUGGGCGGCAUGCAGGAGGAUGAGACUGAUGUUUAUAGCCUGCCUCAACCAAAGCCUGUUGCUGCGGACGCGGCCAAGAGCUCCACUUUCGAAGUGACCACCGUUGAGAUUGGUCUCGCAGCACAUAGACGAAACCUCGCAGGCGAAGGCGAAACGGUUCCAAAGUGGACUUCAGAACGCUGGAAUGAGUAUAGCUUCGAAACAAGACUAGACAGUUAUCACGUCUACCUUGAUUACCCAGUUCAUCGUUCUCUUUCUCUUGACCAUGGAAACGGUAGUACCUACCACGCAACACUUGAGGAAGAGAUACUCGAAGAGGAUGGAACUACCGGCGAUGCUGACAGAGUUCCUGCUUUUCAUGGAUACUCUGGGUCAGGUGAUGCAUCGGCUGAGUACAUCUACGUUGGCCGAGCUUCUCAAGAGGACUUCAAACGUCUUCUCGCCCUUAAUAUCACCCUUGAAGGCAAGAUUGCUCUAGCAAAGUACGGUGGUCCAUUUCGCGGCCUUAAAGUAAAGAAUGCGCAGACUUUUGGCAUGAUCGGAGCUGUGAUCUUUACCGAUCCGGGAGACGACAGGAACAUGACAGCUGGAAACUACGCUACGUAUCCCGAUGGACCUGCAAGGAAUCCAACAAGUAUCCAGAAAGGCAGUGUGAUGGAUUUGAGCACCUACCCAGGAGAUCCCACGACACCGGGAUAUCCGUCUAAAGAGGGCGUAUCGAGAAAGGAGAAGAAGACUGUACCGAAAAUUCCGAGUCUACCAAUCUCUUGGCUUGAAGCAAAACCACUGCUAGCCGCUCUGAACGGUCAUGGUGUUGAUGCAACGACUGUGAAUCGACUGAAUUGGGUGGGUGCAAUAGAUGGGGUUGAUUACAGCACAGGACCGUCAAAAGCUGUGCUGUCGAUAAGCAACAUUAUGAGGGGCGAGACUAAGUGGAUUCACAAUGCUAUCGGUAUUUUGAAUGGUACGAACGAAGACGAAGUUGUUAUUGUAGGCAACCACCACGACUCUUGGAUGAUUGGCGGGGCUGCUGAUCCACACUCCGGUUCCGCAAUUCUCGUUGAGUUGGCUAAAGCCAUUGGUACUCUAUUGAAGACUGGUUGGAAGCCAAAGCGGACCAUCGUGCUCUGCAGCUGGGAUGCUGAGGAGUAUGGCCUAGUUGGAAGUACCGAAUGGGUCGAGGAGUACAUCCCCUGGUUGACAUCAUCUGUUGUGUCUUACCUGAACAUUGACGUUGGCAUAGCAGGCACCAUUCCCGACUUCAGUGCCACCCCCGAUCUCCACGCCCUCACCACUUCCACAGCGCGGAAGAUCAUCUGGCCGCAUGGCAAGAACCGCACAUUAUACGAUAUCUGGGAAGAAAAGACUGGUGAAAUUGACACAUUGGGCGCGCAGAGCGACUAUACAGCUUUUGUACAUCGGGCCGGCGUCUCCGCUAUUGACAUGGGCACCACGCGAGCGCCUCUCGAUCCAAUAUACCACACGCACUCGAAUUUUGACUCCUUUCAUUGGAUGACUAAGUUUGUAGAUCCAGGUUUCGUAAUGCACACAGCCAUCGGAAAGUUCCUUGCGUUGAUGCUGUAUCGUUUAGUCGACGAUGAGAUUGUACCACUCGAGCCGGCGAACUAUGGGGUGGAGAUGCGAGCGUGGCUAAAAGGAUUGGACGGUGUCAUAAAAGAUUCGAACACAAAGGUCAAUCUUGAUCUUGGAGAGCUGGAGAACUCCGUUGCUGUGUUCGAGGAUGCAGCGCGGCAGUUCAAUGCUGCUCGUAACAUGGCUGUCAGCUCAAACAGUUCGGUGCUCAAGACACAGCUGAAUCACAAGGCACGCGAUUUUGGACGCGGAUUCGUCAGUGAAGGCGGCCUCCCGGAAAGAGAGUUUUAUAGACACCUUGUCUUCGCUCCUGGAGUUGACACUGGAUAUGCGCCGGUUACAUAUCCAGGAGUGACCGAGGCCGUUGUUGCAGGAAAUACUACCCUAGCAGAGGAGUUCGUCGGAAAGACUGCAAAGGCUAUCUUGGCUGCUGCACAUAUUUUAUUGUAG